CACGCUUUCGGAAUGUGGCAGUGCGCGUGCGCAAUCGUGGACGUGGCAGUGACGUUACGCACACCGGAAGUAGUAAGGACUGGAAGUGAAACCCCGACCUCCGUAACAUCGACAAGCCGGGAAUACUGGAAAAAACGACGAAAUGAUACAGUAACCAUGAUGUGCGGAGUCGCUGGAGAACAGUCAGCUCUUCCAAGCUCUUAGUAACAUCUGAAGUCUGAAGUGUUUGCUUUGGCCUCAUAAAGACGCGAGCAGAGAGUUUCACAGCAGCCGGAUUGCUUUAGACUCACUGUCACACAUACACAUCCUGAUAUCGUUUAGGGAAGGAGGUUCUGCAACAUUAUCAUGACGUGUCGGGACCGCACACUUGAGUUCCAGUCGGCUUGUAAGUCACUGCAGGGGAGACAGUUACAGAAUGGGACUCACACUAAACCUGCCAUUAAUGCCCUUAAACAGCGCAGUGACUUCACUCUUAUGGCCAAGAGAAUUGGGAAAGACUUGAGCAACACGUUUGCCAAGCUUGAAAAGCUUACAAUUUUGGCCAAGAGAAAGUCUUUGUUUGAUGAUAAAGCAGUGGAGAUUGAGGAGCUAACGUACAUCAUUAAACAGGACAUCAACAGUCUGAACAAGCAGAUAGCGCAGCUGCAAGACCUCGUACGAUCCCGUAGUGGGCAAAAUGGCCGCCACAUCCAGACACAUUCCAACACAAUUGUUGUCUCCCUGCAGUCCAAGCUGGCAUCAAUGUCAAACGAUUUCAAGUCGGUCCUGGAAGUGAGAACAGAGAAUCUGAAGCAGCAGCGCAGCAGAAGAGAGCAUUUCUCCCAGGCCCCAGUCUCAGCCUCUCCUCUGCUCGCCAAUAACUUCAACAGCUCAGUUCUAAUGCAGGAUGAGUCCAGGAGUCUGGGAGGAGAGGUGGCCAUCGACAUGGACUCUAGAGCAAACCCUCUGCAGCUGCAGCUCAUCGAUGAGCAGGAUUCGUAUAUCCAGAGCCGAGCAGAUACCAUGCAGAACAUUGAGAGCACCAUUGUGGAGUUGGGUUCCAUCUUUCAGCAGCUGGCGCACAUGGUCAAAGAGCAGGAAGAGACGGUUCAGAGGAUCGACGCCAAUGUGGAGGACACCCAGCUGAAUGUGGAAAUGGCCCACACUGAGAUACUGAAGUACUUCCAGUCCGUCUCCUCCAAUCGCUGGCUCAUGAUUAAGAUAUUCCUCGUUCUCAUCAUCUUCUUCAUCAUCUUUGUGGUCUUCCUCGCCUGAGAAGGAACGAGCCUGAGUGUAAGGAGGGAUGAAAACAGAGCCAAAGUGUUUGAAGGAGGGAGGAACAGACUAUGGACUUAUGGGCGUAUGUGCAAAAACACAAGUGGACUGUGCCACAGGGGAUUCUGGCUCCCUGGGGGAGGGCAUGGGGGGGUGGGAUGAUUUUAGUCAGAGUGACUUGAGUCAGAUGUUAAUUCUGUCACUGUCGACUUUCACUCUCUUACACUAGAGGGAGAUGGAGGAUGAUGCUGAUGCUGAUGAAGGUAGAACUGAGAUUUACUGUGUAUUUAAAAAAAGAGAGAUAGGAGGUGUUCCGAUUCACUCUGUUUUCUUUAAGCUUCAUCUACAUCUGCAUUAAUAUUUGAGCCUUCGUUUUUCCCAAGUGGUUUGAUUCUCCAAACUGGUUUUGUUGGUUUUUCUCAGUGUUAUCCAUAAUCAGUGAUAACUUUUUUUUUUUUCUCAGUAAAUUACACCAAAUUACAGAUUCUCCUAUAAAAUACACCUUAUAAUAAUAAUUCUCCCAUUAAUCUUUAUUAAUAUUGUUUAUUAAUAUUGUUAUUGUAUUUAUAUCAAAUACAGGCAAUUAUUUGCCACUUAUGGGUGAAUCUCACAAAGAAAUAUCAGUCAUAUUUUACCCCAAAAAAUUGAUAGGAAUAAUUAUUUAUAAUGAAUAAUAUAAUUAAUUGUAUUUUUUAUAAUUAAUUAUAUUUUAAUACAAAAGUGAUGUGUUUUUGGACCAUUAUGACUAUUUUUAUGAAAACUAAGUUCUCAUAUGUAAUGUGAAAAAAAAAUGCUGUAUAAUAAUGAUGAUUAUUAGGCUAUUUCUUGCAUGAUUUUUUUAAAUGAUUAAUAAUAGUAUAAUUUAAAUUUAGUACAACAAAUGCUACCGUGUUAUAUACUUUAUGAUGUACUUAUAAUAAAUGUAUAAAUGGAAUAUUUUUCUUUCACAUUACAUUCAUGGGAAUUUGAGGGGAAAUUUGCUUAGUUGUCAUUAAAAUAAUACCACAAUGCAAAAAAAUAUAUAUACAAAAUAAAAAUAUCUCGAUGGUCCUAAAAAUAGACAUUUUCUUUUGCGGGUGGGGAAAUAUAAGUCUGAUAUUUUCAGAGCAUUUUCAUGAGAUUCUCCUUUCUUUAAGGCCUUCUGAUUGCAGGCCCUGUAAAUAUGGGGUCUGUAAUAUUAUAUACUGUUUAGAGACUUUCAGUUUCUUUUCUUUUUUCUUUUUUUUUUUUUUUGAGUUUGAUUCUGCCAAAUACACAAGGAGGAGUUACAGGAAGUUGCCUGGUCUAAUGAUUUUGCUUCAUGCAGGAGUAAACAAGGUGCGAAUGAAGACCAGUGUUUUAUACAGUACUAUAGAAUUUAAAAGAUCACACUGCGGUUUAAAGGGCCCAAAGAGACUCCAGAUAGAUCAAAAGCUAUAAACUGCUCAUUCAUUACAUCAAGACAUGUUUUGUUCCAGGCCAGUGCAGAGGAAGUUGCGUGUGUUUGUUGUUCUAGAGCUGAACAUCUGGUGAUGAAACCGAUCGGUACUCUGAGAACUGAACGCUGGAUGCGUUUCCUUCAUUUGUGAGGAGCAGCUUUGGCCUGAUGAACAUAUUGGCCACCUGCACAAAGAACUGAAGAUCAGCUCCUUCAUGCUGUGAUGCUGUGAAUAAUGAAACAGGAGAGGGUACUGGCAGACAUGAUGUCUUCUUUGCUUAGAAGCAGCAUUUUAAGGUCAAACUCUCUAAUUUGGUAAAUCACAGACUUUCUCUCUCCUACACAUGCCACACUAUCUCUAAUCAAACUCAUGAACGAUGUACAGUAUAUUAUUUAAUGAGCACUUUUUAUGAAGACUCCCGUUUCCAGGCUUUUUUUUUAGCUGAAUGGUCUGCAUCUCUUGUAUAAACUUAACACAGUUGUAAUGUAAGGACAAACAGUACAUAUUAAACUACAUCUGAGAAACUGA